UGCUCUUCAGUCUGUUUCGUGACGCGUAGAAGUGAACAUGUUAUCGCGUAGUGUCAUUCAACUGAGCAGGUUUCCAUCAAAAUCGGCUGUGGUCCAACAGCAGCACAGGUGGCUCAAAGUCAAUAGUCGAGCAGCAAGCUAUGAUUCCAGUACUGGCUCGCACGACGGAUCCCAAGAUGCUAGUAGUAGUAGCAGUAGCAGCUUACUAUCCACUGCUGCCACGAUCGUUGGAGGCUCGCUGCUAACCUACCUGAUUGUGAAGAAGCUGAAGGAUGACUCGGCGAAAGUGUACGCAAAAGCUGCCACCGAUUCAUCAAACGCACCGAGUGCACAAAAAGAUAUUAGCAAGGCACACAACGAGCUUCGCCGCGAUUUGCCGGUGUAUGCGAUGGAAGAUGUUGCCAAGCACAAUUCCCCACAGGCCGGCAUUUGGGUGACGUACGGUAUCGGUGUGUACGACAUUACCUCGUUCGUGCCGCAACAUCCAGGCAGCGAUAAAGUUAUGCUUGCCGCAGGCAGCGCCAUCGAUCCAUUUUGGCACAUCUUCCAGCAGCACAACACCAAGGAGAUCCUCACUCUGCUCGACACGUUCCGCAUUGGAAACCUCAAGGAAGAAGACGUGAUCUCAACCAAGGAUCAGGCAAACCCCUGGGCCGCUGAACCAAAGCGGCACGCUAUACUCAAACCGGCCACCCAAAGGCCAUUCAACGCGGAGCCUCCAGCGUCAGUUUUGGUCGAUGCGUUCCUCACACCGAAUGAGUUCUUCUACGUCCGGAACCACCUCCCGGUACCGGAGGUCGACAUCAAGGAGUACGAGCUGGAAAUCGACGUGGAAUUGACUGCUAAAACGAAAAGCAAAUCGUUUAAAUACGACGACCUACGAAAGCUUCCGAAGCACACGGUCACCGCUACGAUCAUGUGCGGAGGUAACCGUCGAGGAGAAAUGAUGGAAGUCAAACCGAUCAAGGGACUCGCUUGGGGUCCAUCAGCCGUUGGAAAUGCCCAAUGGACCGGUGUGCGAUUGGCAGAUGUGCUGAAAGCCAUGGGUGUUGUGUCGGAUGAAACCAGUCACGUCCAUUUCGAGGGAUUAGAUACGGAUCCGACCUCCACGCCGUACGGGGCAUCGAUUCCUCUGUCCAAGGCCAUGGAUCCCCGCGGUGAUGUGAUCCUGGCGUAUGAGAUGAACGGUCAACCACUGAACCGUGAUCACGGCUACCCGGUGAGGGUGAUCGUUCCCGGUGUUGUUGGGUCCCGGAAUGUCAAAUGGUUAGGUCGGAUUGUCGUAUCUAAGGAGGAGUCCGGUUCCCAUUGGCAGCAGAAUGAUUACAAAUCGUUCAGUCCCAGCACCGAUUGGGACACGGUUGAUUUCAAAUCUGCUCCGGCCAUUCAACAUAUGCCGGUUACGUCGGCUAUUUGUGCUCCUGCCAAUGGAGACAAGCUCAAGUCGGAGGAUGGCUACAUCACGGUAAAAGGGUACGCUUGGUCCGGCGGUGGUCAGGAGGUAAUUCGAGUCGAUUUGACGGCUGACGGUGGAAAAACUUGGAUUGUGGCAGACCUGGAUCAGGUGGAAAAGAAUACCGGUAGGGGAAGACACUGGUCGUGGUCUUUGUGGACGGCAAAGAUACCCGCUAAAGCGGGUCAGAAGUUGGAAGUUUGGUCCCGAGCCGUAGACGAUAGUUACAAUUCACAGCCGGAGACGUUCAAGAAUAUUUGGAAUUUACGGGGCGUGGUGGGCAAUGCCUACAGUCGCAUCAAGGUCGAGGUUAAGUGAGAUGAGAUUUUUAGCUACCGUUAAAGGUUUAGGGGAAAGUGGGGCAGUUUGUGGCCACCCUACUUAAAGUCAGCUAAUUGUAUAUAUUUUACAAUAAUCUCUUGUAAGCGUAAUGAUUGAGGCCAUGAUUUAUAUGGGACCAGGAACUAUCCAGUUGAUUGGAAAUUAUUAGGGUGGCAAAACUGGUUCAUCUCCCCC